AUGAGAUACUCAACAGCGUGCUCGGCCUGUCGCGCACGACGGCGGAAGUGCGAGGUGCCCAUCGGCGGCGGUCAAUGCACAUAUUGCGCGACGCAGAACAUCGCCUGCUCCCGUGCAGGCUCCAUCAUUCAGCCCAAAGCCGUGCCUGUCAGCCCGCUUUCAGUGGCGACACCAAAGUCUCCCAUCGUCACCGAGAUUAUCGUCGCCAGUCCCCCCGGCAUCACUCCUGCCGCAGCAGUCGCCGACAAAGCUCUCUGUUUCGAGCUGGUAGAAUUAUAUUUCAAGUACAUUCACGAUCAGCUCCACUCACUCUUCCACCGGCCUAGCUUCAUGUUAGAUCUGCAUGAAGGCACUGCUCCGCUUGUGCUGGUCUACGGCAUGAUGGCCUUGUCAGCAAGAUUCUCCCCAAACCCCAUAUUUAAUGGAAUUUCUCCUCUAUCGAGAGGGGAGCUUUUCGCAAACGAGAGCAAUUUGUUACUCAACCUGCGGGAUGUGUCACUCACCAGCAUUCAGGCAUGCGUUCUACUUGGUGCCUACUCCAUCGUCGAGGGAGAGGCAGGCGCAGAGACUGUCUUUUACUCCGCUGCUUGCAGGAUAUCCAACUAUCUUAACCUUCCCAACCUCCCUACCCCUGACCCACUGCAGAGGGAGGUUCAUAUCAGAGUGUACUGGUCACUCUGUAUGAUUGACGUAUGGUCAUCAACCGGCGUUAACCUACCCCGUCUCAUGGACCGGCGGAUGGAUGUACCGUUGCCAAUGAACGAGUCUACAUUUCUCAACAUGACACGAGCGAACAACAACCACUUUGAUUUCAUCCUUUCGCCUAACAGAGAGGAUUCGCUCAUCGCUCAGAUGAUCAAGCUCAACAGUAUACUUCUAAAGGUUAACGACGCGAUCAAGUCCCUCACCUCGGAUUCUACAGUCACGAGCAUAGACGAAACCGUUUCUGUGCUCUCACAAGAACUAGAUGCUUGGGAACUGGAGCUUCCUCCAGGUCUCCGAGACACCCCCAGCAAUUUACACUCCUUCGCCGCACAGGGCCUGGGCCGCAUCUUCAUCGCAGUGCACACAGGCCACUACCACUACAGCCAACUGCUCUAUUAUCAAUACCUAGAUGAUGUGCAGCGGUUCCCAAACUCCAACACCGCUCAGGUUUUUGCACGCAAAUGCAAGGAAAAUGCCAUAUCCAUGUCGCGCAUCAUCGACCUCGCCAACACUACACCUGGUUGCGAUGCCAAGUUCAACAUGUUGGGCCACAUCAUUGUUAUCACGUCAUCCAUCUUCAUCCACACACUGUUGUUCGAGACGGACGAGGCCGAGAUAGCUAAUGCUCGCGCUACGCUUGAGCGCCACUUCAACACGCUCGUCGCACUGCGGGUAUACUGGCCCGGUCUCGAAGUAUGCUUUGUGCGUCUCAAGACAUUCCAUGAACUGUGCCGGAAGAGUAUGAACACAAGCUACCGCAUGGACCGUUGGAUGCUGAGGUUCCUGACCGAGUUCGCGAGACCCAUCGACGAGAAGGAGCGCGACGAGGAUGGGAACAUGGACCUAGACCGGUGGAGUGUGGGUAACAUCGGAAUCAGUCCUGAGAACUGGGCCUAA